AUGGCUCCAAUGGCACCAGCACCACUACCAGCUCCAUUUGGAGGCCGAGGUGGAGGUAGAGGCGGCGGAAGAGGCCGUGGAGGCGGACGAGGCGGUGGCCGAGGCGGAGGCCGAGGCGGCGGACGCGGUGGAUUCGGCGGCCGCGGCGGAGGUCGAGGUGGCGGACGUGGACGAGGCGGUGGACGCGGAGGUGGCCGAGGGGGUGCUCGAGGUGGCGGUGCCAAGGUCAUCGUCGAGCCCCACAGACACGGAGGAGUCUUCAUCGCCAAGGGCAAGGAAGACGUUCUUGUCACCAAGAACUUGGUCCCUGGCGAUACCGUCUACGGUGAAAAGAAAAUUGAGGUUGAGGUUCCAGCUCCAGAAGGAUCUGCCAACCCAAUCCAGAAAGUCGAAUACAGAUCGUGGAAUCCUUUCCGAUCUAAGCUCGCUGCUGCUAUUCUCGGUGGUGUUGAUAAAAUCCACAUCGCUCCUGGCAAAAGAGUUCUUUAUCUUGGUGCUGCCUCGGGAACUACUGUUUCUCACGUGUCUGAUAUCGUCGGACCAGAAGGUCUCGUCUACGCCGUUGAAUUCUCCCACAGAUCCGGCCGAGAUCUUCUCAACGUCGCGAAGAAGCGAACCAACAUCGUCCCCAUCAUCGAGGAUGCCCGACACCCCCACAAAUACAGAAUGCUCGUCGGCAUGGUUGACUGUGUUUUCGCUGACGUUGCCCAGCCCGAUCAGACCCGAAUCGUGGCUCUCAAUGCCCACCACUUUUUGAAAGCGGAGGGUCACUUUGUCAUCUCGAUCAAGGCCUCUUGCAUCGACUCCACUGCCAAGCCAGAAGCCGUUUUCGCGUCCGAGGUCAAAAAGAUGAAGGCUGAGAAAAUGAAGCCUCAGGAACAGUUGACCUUGGAGCCCUACGAAAGAGAUCACGCAGUCGUGGUUGGCAUCUACAGACCGCCACCGAAGAAGUAA